AUGGCCAAGGCCAGCACCAGCAGGCUGCUCUUCUCGCUCUCGCUCAUCGUCCUUCUUCUCCUCGUGCAGACCACUGCUCCCCAUGGACAGGCUGAUGCCAUCGACUGCGGCGCGAGCUGCGCGUACCGGUGCAGCAAGUCGGGGCGGCCCAAGAUGUGCCUGAGGGCGUGCGGCACCUGCUGCCAGCGCUGCGGCUGCGUCCCGCCGGGCACCUCCGGCAACGAGGACGUCUGCCCCUGCUACGCCAACAUGACAACCCACGACGGCAAGCACAAGUGCCCGUGA